UUUAUCUAAGGGAAAUCACUCUCAUAGUUUCCAGUGGAAGCGAGAUAAUUUCUUAGAAACUGACGGAGGAAAAACUAUCUCCAAACAUGAAGAGAAAAGACGGAAGCGAACUGGUUAUUGGUGAUCGUAUCGAAUGUGAUGAUUAUUUUGGGACGAUAAAAUUUAUAGGAGAAGUUGAAGCAAUGGAAGGUAUUUGGUUUGGCAUUGAUUGGGAUGAAAUUCAUCGGGGAAAACAUGACGGUAGCUAUAAAGGUAGGCGUUACUUUCAAGCAGGACAUCCUAAAUCUGGUUCGUUUAUUAAACCAAUAAAGGCUAAAUUGGGACAAUCUUUCCCUGACGCUUACGUCUGUAAACAUGGCGAUAUCGUAGAUGUGCGCUCAAGAAUUUUGAUUCUCGAUAAUUAUGUAAUCUAUGGUCUUGGUUCCCAGGAAGUGACCAGUCAGUUUUCGGCGACUGCCUCAAAAAUAACAGAAUUAGAUCUUUCUGGUAAUUUGUUGAAGAACUGGACUCAAGUUGCUGAAAUUACUAACUUAAUUCCUAAUCUGUUGAAGUUAAAUGUAAGUAAUAACCGUUUAAUAAUUCCUGAACACGCGGAAAACUUGUCAAAAUCUUUUGCCAAAGUAGAAGAUCUGGUUUUAAACCGAAUGAACUACGACUGGGCCGACAUUUUAUCUGCUACGUCGAUGUUUCCGUCCCUUCAAGGUUUGUACGUGUGUUUUAAUAAUUUGGAAAAAUUGGCUGAUUCCACGGGGAAAUUGACAAACCUGAAAUUUCUCUCAUUAAUAGACAAUCGCUUAAGUGACUGGAACGAACUUUUAAAACUUGGUCAACUUCCUCAAUUGAGCACACUUUAUGUAAAUAACAAUCAACUGACAGCCGUCUCCUUCAAUGACGUACCUUUGGAAGACGGUGAGAAAACCACAUAUUUUCCUUCUCUAAAGUGUUUAGAUUUAAGCAGCAACCUCAUCGAUAACCUGUCAUCAAUUGAUGAGCUUAGUAAAUUAGCCAACCUUACCGAGUUUUCUUUCCUUCAUAAUCCAACAGCAGAUAUAGAUGAGGACAAACUGUUUAAUUUGAUAAUUGCCAAAAUUGGCAGUUUAAAAAAGUAUGCAAAAACUAUUAUCCAUGAUGAAAAACAGAAAGAUGCUGAAAUAUUUUAUCUUCGCAUGAUUGAGAAACAGGCAUUAGAGAAAAAUAUCAGUGAAGAAGACUUAACUAAAACGUGUUCAAGGUACAAAGAACUAGGACAGAAAUAUGGUUAUGAAUAUCCUGAAAAGCAUUCCCUCCAAAGUCAUUUAACAGAUGGUGAUAUUCCAGAAGAAAUGAUCAGAAACAAGAAAUUAUUUCCAGAUAUGAACCGAAAUGAUGGAAGCAAACUGGUUAUUGGUGAUCGUAUUGAAAGUGAGAAUUGUUUUGGGACGAUAAAAUAUAUAGGAGAAGUUGACACAAUGGAAGGUAUUUGGUUUGGCAUUGACUGGGAUGAAAUUCAUCGGGGAAAACAUGACGGUAGCUAUAAAGGUAGGUGUUAUUAUCAAGCAAGCCAUCCUAAAUCUGGUUCCUUUAUUAACCCACUUCACAUUAACCUCGGACAGUCUUUUCCUGAUGCUUAUGCCUGUAAAGCUAAAGAUGUUUUAAUUAUGCCUCCAAGAAUUCUGAUUCUCAAUAAUUAUGGAAUUUAUGGUCUUGGUUCCCAGGAAGUGACCAGUCAGUUUUUGUCAAUUGCCUCAAAAUUAACAGAACUAGAUCUUUCUACUAACCUGUUGAAGAGUUGGACUCAAGUUGUGGAAAUUGCUAACAUUAUUCCUAAUCUAAUACUAUUAAAUGUAAGUAGUAACCGUUUGAUAAUUCCUGAAAAUGUAGAAAUGUUUGCAAAAUCUUUUACAAAUGUAGAAGAACUUAUUCUGAACAGGAUGGACUAUAACUGGGCUAACAUUUUAUCUGUUACAUCAAUGUUUCCAUCACUUCAACGUUUGUAUGCAAGUUUCAAUAAUUUGGAAACAUUUAUUGAUUCCACAGGAAAAUUGACAAAGCUAAAAUUCCUCUCAUUGUCAAACAAUCGUAUUAGUGAUGAAAAUGAACUUUUAAAAUUUGGUCAGCUUCCUCAGUUGAGCACACUUUACGUAAAUAACAAUCAAUUGACAUCCGUCUCUUUUAAUGACGUAUCUUUGGAAGAUGGCAAGAAAACAUCACAUUUUCGUUCUCUUGAAUGUCUAAGUUUAAACAAGAAUGACAUCAAUAACCGGUCAUCAAUCGAUGAGCUUAGCAAACUGGCCAACCUGACUGAGCUUAUUUUAGCAAAUAACCCAUUGGGAGCUGUAUAUAAGGACAAACUAUUUUAUAUUACCGUUGGUAAAAUUGGCAGUUUAAAAAAAUAUGAUAAAACCCUUAUUCGUGAUGAAGAAAGGAAAAAUGCUGAAGUAUAUUAUCUAGAUAUGGUUGAGAGGGAGGCAUUAGAAAAAAAUAUUGGUGAAGAAGACACAGCUAAAACCUGUUCAAGGUACAAAGAACUGGUGAAGAAAUAUGGACAUGCGAGUCCACAAUCAUUGAUAACUAAAACAAUUCUGCUACGAGAUAAAUUAAUUGCUGUUGAUAUCCAAACUGAUAAUAUUCCUGAUAAAGUAUUGAAGAACAAGAAAUUGUCUCCAGACAUAACCAUUCUAAAACUGAAGUCACUUGUACAAAAACUCUUUAAAAUUCAGGAAAUGACUAAUCUAAAACUAUCUUAUAUCAGCAGAGAAAAUCCUGAAGUAAAAGUUGAAUUAGACGAUGAUUUUAAGCCACUGUCUCAUUACAGCAUAGAAAAUGGCGAUAGUUUAAUUGCAAAGUGGUAAUUCUGGCUUUAAUACAUUCCUGUCUAUGAUAACGUUAAACAGGCAAUUAUUCUGCUUUCAUAAAAUUGAGGAAAUAAUAUCUAUAUAUAUAAAACUGUAGUUGAUAUAUGCUUUAUAUAAAUUUCAUAUCAUUUGCUCAUAUAUUUUAAUAAUAAAGAAAUAUUUUUUUACAUGCUCUAAAUUAAUUUUUGAGUAGAAACUUUGUUCUGCCCACCUGUUUAGUAUUGUCAUUGAAUUUAACCAUAGCAACUGAAAACCAGUCAAAGAAAGUGGACACUUUUGAUAGCAGAUGUCUCCAGAAAAUACUGGACAUCAAAUGGAACAACUUUAUCAGCAGUGAGGAGGUCAAAAGAAGAACAGACCAAUGCUCAGCAGAUGAACAAAAUUCAUCAAUCAAGUCCUUAAGUGGAAGCCUCAAGCCUCAAGUGGUGAUAAGCAUUACUACUCAGUAUAGAUAGUUUCAUCUUUUACAGUGGUUUUCUAACAAGCUAAUUUGCUUAUAUAUAUAUAUAUAUAUAUAUAUAUAUAUAGAGAGAGAGAGAGAGAGAGAGAGAGAGAGAGAGAGAAAAGUUUGUGUGCAUGUGUAUAUGACUCUAUACUUUGAUAUCAUUAAUAUCACACACUAGUCAUGAAUGAGCAUCACUGUCACACAAGACGUGUCCUUUGUUUCCAAUCUU